CAGUAUACACAGCAAGAGUUUUCGUAUGUUUCGUGAAUAGCUUCACAUUUUGUAUAAGUAGAAUACCAUUUCCUUGGCUUUUUUUAUCAUCAGCUUACAUGUUCCUAUUUUCACAUACCAAGCUUCAACACAAGAAAAGCUUAUCAAGACGAUAAAUUUCCAAACCAUUCAAGAACGUCCUCAGAUCUGUCCAAUAGCAAUAAUAAAGCUGUCCCUGAAACCCAAACUCAACCUAGCACUACCAUUUCCUCCAAAUCUACUUCAGCAGCAAUAAUGUCUACUAUUCCACCACCCCGCGCCGUAGUAACCUCGCACUCUGCCUCCGGCACCGCCAUUAUUUCCUCGGAUUCUCAACUUCCCCUAUUCAGUCCUUUUGGUCCUUCGGCCCCAGGUUUUACGACCAUUCACUCUCUCCCCUCUCUCCCCGCCUCUUUAAAUGCCCCUAUCAACCCCGAUGCCGAACAAUCUAUCCCUCAACCACCUCCGGCUGGUCUGGUAGUUUGCACAACUGAUUAUCCGCCCCAUUGUGUUACCCCCACUCACCGAACUAUCACCUGUGACUACAUGAUUGUCCUGAAAGGCGAACUUGUUCUACGUGUUGAUGAGGGAAAGGAAACCAUUUUGAAGGAAGGAGAUAUUUGUGUCCAGAGAGGCACAAUGCAUACUUGGGAAAACAGAACUGAUGAAUGGUGUCGAUGCCUGUUUGUUAUGGCUGGCGGCGAAAAGAUCGUCAUGGCGGAUGGAAAGACGUUGGAGCAAAGUUAUACUCCACCAAAACCCAAGAAUUAGGCGGACGAUCUAGUUGGGGUUUAUGUCAGGAUGUACGGUGAUGAUUGGGCGGUGGUAGAGGAGAAUAGUAUCAUAAAAGCAUUACCGAGCACGAUAGAAAGUUCUAUCGAUGGUGCCAGGGGAGUAGUUUUGUAUUCUUAAGGUGCACACUAUGCAUCAUUGCAAUUGGCGCAUUCAAUAAUCAAGCAAUAUCACUAUGUAUUUUUAUCACA